GAACUGUGAGCAGACCAUCAACCGGUGCGCCAGGGAGAUCGGUUCCCAGUCUUCUCUAUUUUUGUAUUUUUCGAUAAACCGACGACAGUUUAGACGAUGAGGGGUUUAUAACGGAAUCUUUCACAUCAGCCGUUGUAUAUUUUAUCUUCUAAAACAGUUGUGUUCGAGUAAAAAAGCUCGUACAGACGGAAACACUUGUGUGUUGCUGUGAAUUUCCAGUCUUGAGAGGAGAUUUAAACGAUGUCAGUGCUCGCACUGUUGCGCAGCAGACGUGAGUUGUGGUGUUGCUGGUGGAGGUAUUGACUGGAGGAGCCGCUAAUUUUAGCAGGGUCAGGCGAGGGCAUGUGGCUGUGUUGUGUUUGGCUAGCGGUGGUCCGACCGUUGCAAAUGGCCUGCAAACUGUUCCUGUCGUCUGCUAGUGUAGUUGAAGGACAUCGACUUCAUGUAUGAACUAUUUUUUGUAAUAGCUCGGCGCAUUUAGAGAUGUCAGCGCAUGUGUUGAGGUGUGACACGGCACACGAUGAUGGGCAGACACGCUCAGUCUCUCAGACAAAAACAUUGAGACAAGAACAGAUACUGAGUAUUGGACAGACAGAAGAAGGUUAAUGUAGGCAGGUGAAAGACUGGUCAAGACUCCGGAGCGCAAGCAAGGGCAGGUGGGCGUGUGUUCUUUGCGUCGUACCUGUGGUCAUGCAGCACGACAUGAAAGAAAGUGCAGACACACGUGUUAUCAACGGAUCAGUCAUCAAGGACGCCUACGCCACAGGCGAUGUCAACAUCGACGAGGUGAUCGCUGAGUCAGAUGCCCUCCUGCAGGAGCACAAAUACGAGGAGGAGUUCAACCUACUGUCCAAGUUCAGUCACGUGGACAACGACGAGCUGCUAUGGCGACUGGCGCGCGUGUACUGUGUGUGGGCCAAGGUGCAGGGGGAGAGAGGACACGACCACCGGAGGAAAGAGCUGAUGGAGGAGGGCUUCAUCUUCGCCAAGCGAGCUCUGGAGCUCAACAACAAGAGCCCGAGAUGUCACUCGUGGUAUGCCACCAUGAUGCACUUCACCAGCGAGUACCGGGGCCUGCGCACUCACUAUCUCAACGCCUUUACCAUCAAGGAGCACUAUGAGACUGCGGUUUCCCUGGACCCUGCUGACGCUAUAUCUCUGCAUUCUCUGGGAUACUGGCAUUUCUCGUUUGCACACCUACCCUGGUAUCAGAAGAAACUACUGGCUGUGCUCUUCCGCACUCCUCCAUCCACUACCUUCGAACAGGCUCUUGAGUAUUUUUACAAGGCAGAAGAAGUGGCCCCAGAAUUCUUUAACAUGAACCUGGUGAUGGCGGGCCGCGCUCACUGGCAUCUGGGUCAGCACCAGGAGGCGCUGGACCUCUUCAAGCGCGCCAGUCACGUGACCCCACGCAGUCCCGACGAGCGCCUGGCGUACGCCAAGGCCCACGAGAUGCUCAAGAAGAUGGCGCCGGAGAAGCACCACAGAUGAUGACACACGGCGUGGCCAUCUUUUGCCCCGCUCGGCUCCAUACAUUGGAUGAAUUAAUUGUACGGUGACUUUUCUGUAUCAUGGACUAAUUAGUAUCAAAACCGAGGCUUUAGGGUUGGUGAUCUAAUGAAUGUAAGCGUCUCGACCUUUUCUUUUGCAACAAACCUCCUGUCUCGUUUGUUGUCCACAAAGGAUAUUACGAACAUCAAGUACAACAACAACAAAAAUCUUCAAUACUCUGUGGAAACUCGUCAUAUUACAACUGCACUCUUCAAGGUCUUCAGUCUUCAUGCUUCAAACUGUAUUAUAUUUCCUUUAUUUAUUAUUUCUGACCUAACUAAUUUAUUUACUCCCUAUAAUGAUGUACAAUUGUUAGCCGCUUCUCUGGUUGUGUGGGAGUUACUCUGGUCCAAUACCAUAUCAUAUUUGUGUCGAUGUCGAUGUUUAAUAUAAUUUAUAUGUCCAGUCGUGCUGUUUUAGAACACUUAGAAGAUAGCAGACAAGAUGAGAUGAAGGCUUGAGCAAGUAAUGAAAGGAAAGAAAAACAAUUUUAUUUAUCGAGGUAGCGGGUUUUGCAGACGCCAUUUAAGUUUGUAUCGCCGUGGUGACCCUAGAAUACAUCUCGUCCCUCGUUGCCCUCGAUACUACCAGUCUAUUUCUACAGUAAGAUAUAGGUGAUGACUCGCUAAUGGUCAUUCCUCCUACCAGGGGUCCAUUGAGCUCCUUGUUCAUUAUUAAUCCUCCAUAACCCGGUGUGUUGUCAUUUUUGGUGAAAGGAAUUACAUAACUUCCUUGUCUUCUACCCCAAACCCCCUCUAAAUAAUGGGCAUUCCUGAAGAGUCACAAUCUGUUUCUCUAAAACACAUACAGAGUGGUGAGGUAUAUAUGAAGACGUUUCUCGAAAACUUUGCGCCGUGCACACCGCUUGCAAUACCGAGCUGCAUUGGUCACGUGAGAAGAUUAUCACGGUGGGCAGCAGGACAGCUUUUCAUGACACCCGUGAAGCACUACUUCUAGCAGGUGCUGACAUGCCUGCAGCGAGGUGGUGGUACCACAAAACUGGAAGGUGGUAACGCAGUUGUCGGUGUGAGCUCCACGACAAACAAGGACUGGCACCUUCUGACCUUUUCCCCCCAACGCCAGCAGCUGCACGUGCCCCCGGACCCCCUUCCCAACAGCCCCUCCCUUAAAAAAAUCUCAAAAACAAAAAAAAAGCUAUAAAAAUCACGUGGCAAACUUUGGUUGCUAGCGAGGGGCAUGGUCAAACAAUGCGUGUGACAAAAGCUUCUAGUCACGUGAUGCAGUGGCGAGGUCUGUAUGGGGACGGACGGGGUAGGUGGUGGGUGAGUGGAAACAGGCUUUUUCUCAUGUGACACGAUGUGACUUCAUCGCCCGACUUUUUUGUUUGUUUGUUUUUCGUUUCAAAUACUGGAACCAGAUGAACACAACUACUGUUAUUAUUUUUGCUGUCAAUUACCUUUCAGCGUAUAUCAUUUCCCCCAAGCCACGAUUCCCCUCCUUUCCACAAUCUCCACCUCCCGAGAUAGAGCGCUGUCGGUGUGUAUCGAUCUUGCUGCCAAUACAGUUCACUUAAGGGCUUUGAGUCGUCUUUAGAGAUUUGUCCCUUAAUAAGAAAAAGAACGAAGAUUGGACAUAAAAGAAUGUAGAGAAAGAGGAAGUUGAAUUUAUAGAAUGUAAGCUAAAAAUAAAUAUGUAGAAUAAUAAAUUUAUUGUGAUUUUCCAGUAAAAAAAGAACUUGACCUCAAUUUAACAGAUGAAUAAUUUCCAGUUUUAAUGUAUAAUGCUGUAGGAUUUUUAAAAUGUUGACAUCUUUGGUAGCCUGAUUUGAAAUACUAUAAAAUCUUGGAAAAACUUUACAAGUUUCUAAAUAAAAGUUUUCCACAAUAUUUUCUUGGCCCCCUACUCGGCUUACCGUGGAUAUUAUUUUGUUGUUUUAUUCGAAAUCUGUUCACAAAAUAUCGUUUUAGUUUGUUUUCAUUUUUAAUCUUUCAAUCAUCUUUCAAUCUGUUGUUUUAAUUCUGAUAAUUCAAGCGCUCGUGACAAUCGUAUGCUUGUCAGUGGAUUCUCACGAGAUGAGAAAAAUGUUAUUGUUUGUCGUGAGGACUUUUUGUCAACAAAUUGUACUUAUGAGGUCGUCUGUUCUCCAGCUUAAUGCCUGGGGUACAACUAUACAAUGUAGCACACCCGUAUCGAACAAUGUCGAUGUAAGGAAAUAUUUAAAUAUGUAAAACCUGAGCAUCUCAGAUGUGUCUGUUGUUGGUGCUCAUGUUCAUGGAGAGGACAGAAUUCUGCGGAAUCUUGUGGUAGGUGAGCUGUGUUCACUGCAAGAUUCAUUUGAUGUAUAACGAGGGCACAAGAUUUCAAUACUCAGUGAUAUAUAUAUGUGUGUGUGUAUGAUUGUGUGAACACGACUGUGCAUGCGUACAUACAUGGCUUCCUGUAAAUGCUCGUCCUUCUUAACUUCAGGAGCUCAAAGCCCUGACAGGAAAAGGCUUUUAUAUUAAAAAAAAAACUUUGAGAAACUCUGUCAACCGUUUGUCUAUAGUUGUCCGGGUUUGUAAAGAUUCAUACGAUUCAUACUCACCGUGGUGUUUGAGUUCGUGUGUUUGAGUUAUAAAGAGCUGGCUCCUGUUUUUAGCCUUCAACUUUGUGUGUACUUCGCUUGUUUACAAGGUUGCUGUUAUUGUUUAUUUUGUAAACUUUAGUUGACUGUUCCGUCCAUUGUGUUGGGUGUACACCAUUAUCACCAUCAGGAGCAGUGAAUGGGACUGUGCUGUGGGAGAUGGGUGGUGGUGGGAGGCGAACCCAAGGAAAAUCAUUUUACAAGCAUCCAUCCCCAGGCUGGUGAUAGCAGUGAGUAGGAGUCAUGUGAACGAUUAUCAGGACCACGCAUGUCUAUUGUCCUCAGAUAGGUCAAAGGGCAUUUGACAAAACAUGAUGUUGGCCUCCACAGCAGAGAGGUUUCUCAGUUGCUGAGGCUUGUAUGGGCCCCAUGUGAAAAAAAGUCUCUACAACAUUGUGUUGGUGACCAUUCUGAGUCAUCUCAAUGAGUGGAAGGGGUCGGUGUGGUAGGAGGGGUAGGCGGGUGGUAGUCACGUGCAACUGUGUUUGUAAGCCAGAUUCUUCCUCAGACAAAACAAAGCCUAGCAUCUGGCUCACAAAUUUAUUUUUAUGCUUUUCUUUAAUUGUAAAUGAUUUUGUAUUUUUGGCCAGCAGGGUUAUAUUAUUUGUAUUAUUGCUGCUGCUAUGUACUUCAUCACUGCAGUAUUCCGUGUAACUAUAGGGUGUGAAGAAGAGUAGCAUCGCUAUGUUCUCAAAGUGUCUAAUGGGGAAUAUGUAAAUGUACAUUUAGUUUCCCUUCUACAAUGCAUUUACCUGACCAUUUUCUUGAUGAUUAUUAAACUAGACAUUCAGAAUGUUU